UUGUACUCGUAUCUCAUAUCAAUCAAUGCUACAUGUACCUUACUACCUGUACCUACCUCCACCUCCACCUUUACUCCAGUAGCCACGCCACGCCACGGCAUCCAUCCGUUGUUGCUCCUCUGCUUGCUUCAACCCGAGCCCGUGCGCCUCGAACAGCUCCGACAGCUUGACAGCUCUCUGCCCUGCCACCUCCAGCUCAUCCCACCACGACGUCAGCACGCUUGCAAGAGCCUUGCAGUCCCGGGCAGUCUUGGGCCUCUCUCGACACCUCAGUAGUUCACUCAGCGAUCGCAUUUGCCUUUCUGCGCUCUCCAGGAGAUUUGCACUGUGUCGACUGGUCCCUCCGCUUGAUAUAGGUGCAGCUGCCCGCGAACUCGGGCCAGAGUCGCUCCCCCAACAUUAAUCAGUGCCAUCAUCAUCAUCAUCAUCAUCUCCCAGCGUCCCAAUUGGUGUAUAUGCACUCGGUUCAUGCACCCCCUUCCAGUACAGGCACCGCUACAGCACAGCAGGCACAGCAGUGGAAUCGACCACCACGCAGGCAUCGUCAUCAACCACGGCUAGACAGCACGAGUCGCAUCUGAAGCAACCAACCGUAUCCACCUGCACCGACGCACCCUCGUCCUAGCGCAUCGUCCGCGUGCAGCUUCGAGAAGCCAAGUGCUGCCAGGUUUAUAUCCCUCACCGCCGCCCCCACUACCACCUCUCCUCGCCAUGAACAACAGCGGCGAGGGUCUGAAGAAGGCUGCGAUCAACAAAGCGAAACAGAGCGCGACCAACGCCAACGGCAACGGGCAGAAGCGACGGAAGCAGGACCUAAAGCCGAUCCUGACAACGAGCGAGCAGCAGCAGGCCGCCGGCGGAACAACCAACAGUGCCCAGAGCAAUCAGUCGCCGCUCAAGCACAACAAAGCUGCGCCGCAGCACGGGAAGGACCAUCACGAUUCACCUAGCGGGUCAGAGUCCUCCGGCGAAGAGGGCACCGAAAACACGGCGGACGAAGAGGAUUCCGAGGACUACUGCAAGGGUGGCUAUCACCCUGUGCAAGUAGGCGAACAGUACAAAGAUGGCAAGUACACAAUAGUGCGGAAACUCGGCUGGGGCCACUUCAGUACAGUAUGGCUGUCCAAAGACAAUACCACUGGCAAGCACGUCGCCCUCAAGGUCGUUCGGUCUGCCGCCCACUACACAGAGACGGCUCUCGACGAGAUCAAACUCCUGAACAAAGUGGUGGCAGCCAACAAGGACCAUCCGGGCAGGCAACAUGUGGUCAGCCUGCUGGACUCUUUCAAUCACAAGGGCCCUCACGGUAUGCAUGUAUGCAUGGUAUUCGAAGUGCUGGGCGAGAACCUGCUCGGCUUGAUCAAGAGGUGGAAUCACAGAGGCAUUCCCAUGCCACUCGUCAAGCAGAUCACGAAGCAAGUGCUGCUUGGGCUCGACUAUCUACAUCGAGAGUGCGGCAUAAUACACACAGAUCUGAAGCCCGAGAACGUCUUGAUCGAGAUUGGUGACGUCGAACAAAUUGUCAAAACAUACGUCAAAGAGGACCCCAAGGAAAAGGAUGACCACCGCAACGGCCGACGCAGGAGGCGCACUCUGAUCACGGGCUCGCAACCACUUCCCAGUCCACUGAACGCCACAUUCUCACAAGCCGACCUGGCCAACUUUCCGGGCAGCACCUCCAGCCUCAACAAGAUCGUGAACGAGAGCAAAGGUAAUUCGCCAAUCACAGGUUCGUCGCCAACUGCCCCGGACGGUGCUGAGAUGAGUGGUGCUCUAGGAACAGAAUCCAGGUCAAUGCUCGAAAGCUUGGGCAUCAAAUCGGAAGGCGGCGACGGCAAAGAGGGCGUCACACAAAAAGAGCGCGAGAAGACCGCCGAGAUACUCGCCAACAACGUGUCGGACAUGGACCUUGGCGGCUCACACGCGGUGAAGCCCAAAGAGAUGGAGAAGGCAGACGACGGCAUCGAGAUCAUUUCCGUCAAGAUUGCGGACCUUGGCAAUGCAUGCUGGGUCGGACACCAUUUCACAAAUGACAUUCAAACACGACAAUAUCGAUCACCCGAAGUCAUACUAGGUGCCAAAUGGGGAGCCAGUACUGAUGUGUGGAGUAUGGCAUGCAUGGUCUUCGAGCUGAUUACCGGCGACUACUUAUUCGACCCGCAAUCAGGUACCAAGUACGGGAAGGACGACGACCACAUUGCGCAGAUCAUCGAAUUGCUCGGUACAUUCCCUAAAAGUUUAUGCAUCAGUGGCAAAUGGUCACAGGAGAUCUUCAACCGCAAGGGAGAGUUGCGAAACAUUCAUAGGCUGAGGCAUUGGGCUCUUCCGGAUGUCUUGCGAGAAAAGUACCACUUCUCGGUGGAGGAGGCCAAACGAAUUGGGGAAUUUCUAUUACCCAUGCUCGAAUUGCAACCGGCCGAUCGAGCCAACGCUGGCGGCAUGGCCAAUCACCCGUUCCUGGACGAGACGAAAGGCAUGAGUGGCGUCAGAACGAAUGUCGAGGUCGGUAGCAAAGGCGAGGGUAUCGAAGGGUGGGCUACGGAGGUCAAGAAGGCGCGGUAGAAAGCAUCGGCAUCGAUCCGGACCGCAGUCCGAAUGCUCGCAGUCAUUAGAGGUGGGCUUUGACCGUCUAAAGAAUCAAACCCUUGUGAGCCAUAUACGGGCGCUGCGACGCAGUACCAAAUACCAAUGGGUGGACUAGCGCUGCCUGCGACGGAUCUCAGCAUGGCGUGCUGGGACUUGCUUAUGCAGGGUAGACAAGACCUGCCAAAAAAACGUCAAUAUCAGAAACCUCGUGUACAAUCAGUGUCAGUCACUAAGCACAGUCACUCAUUCAGCGGGCAGCCAGCUACUGCUGCCGCGCGAUUAAUACGACUCACGACGAGGUUGCCCCUUGGGCCUGAAAAGGAUCGUGGCGACAUAUUCACCGUUGGCGACCAAGAAGGCGAUCAAGCAGGCAUACAUUGUUAGUGAGAGCAUGCGGUGCAGCUGUCGAAUCCUUUGCCUUCUGAUACCAACAUCGCGUCAAAUUAUUCGCGGAGUUUCCUGGUCGUGAGCGGCAACCUCGUGGGAUUGGAUGAGCAGGCGUCACUUCGGCUAAGAUGAAGACGAGAAUCAGUAUACAUGAUGAAUGUGAUGUUGUUUCGCUGUGCUCGUUAGUAUCCAUAUAUUUUCAGAG